GCAGCGUCUUUGCGUGAGCAGCGUGUUGACGUCACUGGCGGGCCCGCCCUGCAUCCCCGCCCUAGCCCAGCCGGCGGGGGACCGCGGAGCCGGGUCUGCAGGUCAGCGGGCGGCCCGCACCGCGGAGGAGGCUGCUUCUCACUAGGGAUGGUGGAGUUGGUGGAGACUCCUUCCAUCCUCCUCCAGGGUGAACCGCCUGCCAGAGGCCAUGGAGAGCACUCUCACCGGGAGCCAGAGCUCACACGCUUCCCUGCGAGACAUCCAGUCCAUCAACCCCGCGCAGCUCAUGGCCAGGAUUGAGUCCUAUGAAGGAAGGGAAAAGAAAGGCAUAUCUGAUGUCAGGAGGACUUUCUGUCUCUUUGUCACCUUUGACCUCUUAUUUGUAACUUUACUGUGGAUAAUAGAGUUAAAUGUGAACGGGGGCAUCGAGAACACCCUGAAGAAGGAAGUGGUUCACUACGACUACUACUCCUCUUACUUUGAUAUAUUCCUUUUGGCAGUUUUUCGAUUCAAAGUGCUGAUACUUGGAUAUGCUGUGUGCAGAUUGCGUCAUUGGUGGGCAAUAGCGUUGACGACAGCAGUGACCAGUGCCUUUUUAUUAGCAAAAGUGAUCCUUUCAAAGCUGUUCUCUCAAGGGGCAUUCGGCUAUGUGUUGCCCAUCAUCUCAUUCAUACUCGCCUGGAUUGAGACAUGGUUCCUGGAUUUCAAAGUCUUACCUCAAGAGGCAGAAGAAGAAAACAGACUCCUGCUAGUUCAGGAUGCAUCGGAGAGGGCGGCUCUCAUUCCUGCAGGACUUUCUGAUGGUCAGUUUUACUCCCCUCCUGAGUCUGAAGCAGGAUCUGAAGAAGAAGCUGAGGAAAAACAGGAGAGUGAGAAACCACUUUUAGAACUAUGAGUCCUACUCUAUGAAGUAAGCGUUUGUAAGUGAAAUUGUACCAACUAAGUGUUUAAGUGUAGACGUACCCUCU